AUGGACGGUCCGACCUCACCCACGCCCCGGAGCAAGAUGGCUCUGGCUCCUGCCAACACGCACUAUCUUGGAGACUCGACGAGUCAUCACACGCGCACCUUCAGAGACAACAAGAAUUCGGGGCACAAGUUCAAGCCCUUGACUACCGUUCCCACCAUCCCCGAGCCUCCCUUGACUACUCUUCCCAUCCGCCCCGAGCUCCCCUUGCGCACAGGCGAUCCUUUCGAACCGCAAUCAUUCGCGAGGUACUACGACCAACGACCCGUCAACCGCCGCAAGGGAGUGCCUCCGCGAAUCAUGACUUCUUCCAAGAAGCCAUAUGUGCCCGACCGGCGCAUGCUGGAGCGCCUGGAGUGGACGCGCCAACAAAGGCGCAUUCUAGCCCAAAUCCGUGACGACACAACUCAAUUCGGCGACUUGGACGCGCGGAGUCCGCCAUACGAGGCACCUCGCUCCCCCAUUGCAAAGGUGCAAGAGAAAACCUGGUCUGAUCAACUUCGCGAGGACGUGUUCUUUGCUGCGCGGGCCGGCGCUAUUGUCAUCACCUUUUUCUUGACAAUGGUGUGUGGUCUCGCGAUUUUCGGGGCGUUCCUACAAUAUGGAAUCGGUGUUCGACAAGACCGGUGAGAAGAGAGGGUUUCUUCUUUUGUCGUAUCAGAUUGCUACGGUUUUG